GACCGGAUGGUGUUUGUAUAGAGGAAGUUUUGGUUUUCCGAGUUUCCUCAUCCGUUUCGGUUGACGUUCACUGGAGUUUAAAGCGCUUAAUUGAACGCGAAAUGGUUUUAGGGUGACUGUACUUACUGGUAAAAGUUAAAGCAUUUUCUGUGGCGCGUCGUUUUUAAUGCGACGGAACGACGGCGUAAUUUGAGAGGACUCUGCUGCUAAGCUAACGUAACCAAGCUAAUUAGCGCGGCUAACGUUAGCCCCAAGGCUGUGUGCUUGUGAGUUGAGGGGGUUCUCCGAGCUCUAGAAGCCAUGGGGAACCGGGGCAUGGAAGACCUGAUUCCCCUCAUCAAUAAGCUCCAAGAUGCUUUUUCGUCCAUUGGCCAGAGUUGCAAUUUGGACCUUCCUCAGAUUGCUGUGGUCGGUGGUCAGAGUGCCGGAAAAAGCUCAGUCUUGGAAAAUUUCGUUGGGAGGGAUUUUCUUCCACGUGGAUCAGGCAUUGUUACCCGUAGACCUCUCAUUUUGCAGCUCAUCACCAAUAAAGCAGAAUAUGCUGAAUUUCUGCACUGCAAAGGGAAGAAGUUUGUGGAUUUUGAUGAAGUGCGAGCAGAAAUUGAGGCAGAAACCGACAGGAUAACAGGUUCAAACAAAGGCAUCUCUCCCAUCCCAAUUAACCUGAGGGUGUACUCCCCACACGUGCUGAACCUGACCUUGAUUGACCUUCCGGGAAUGACAAAGGUUGCUGUUGGAGAUCAGCCUCCAGACAUCGAGCACCAGAUCAGGGACAUGCUGUUGCAGUUCAUCACCAAAGAGAGUUGUCUUAUCUUGGCCGUCACCCCUGCCAACACUGACCUGGCAAACUCUGAUGCCCUAAAGAUCGCCAAGGAGGUGGACCCACAGGGUCUGCGUACCAUUGGUGUUAUAACAAAAUUGGACUUGAUGGACGAAGGGACGGACGCAAAGGAUAUCCUAGAAAAUAAGCUUCUGCCUUUACGUAGAGGAUACAUUGGUGUGGUGAAUCGUAGUCAGAAAGACAUUGAUGGGAAAAAGGACAUUCGUGCUGCUCUGGCAGCAGAGAGGAAAUUUUUCCUGUCCCAUCCAGCCUACAGACAUAUGGCAGAGCGUAUGGGCACACCACACCUCCAAAAGACACUCAACCAGCAAUUGACCAAUCACAUCAGAGACACCCUACCUGGACUACGCAAUAAGCUGCAGAGUCAACUCCUCUCUCUGGAGAAGGAGGUGGAGGAGUAUAAGAACUUUCGCCCAGAUGACCCAACACGCAAGACCAAGGCUUUAUUACAGAUGGUUCAACAGUUUGGUGUAGACUUUGAGAAGUGCAUUGAGGGCUCUGGGGACCAGGUGGACACCAAUGAGUUGUCAGGUGGUGCCAAGAUAAACCGCAUCUUCCAUGAACGCUUCCCUUUUGAACUGGUCAAGAUUGUGUUUGAUGAAAAGGAACUGAGGCGAGAAAUCAGCCACGCAAUCAAGAACGUUCAUGGUGUCAGAACGGGGCUCUUCACCCCUGACCUGGCCUUCGAGGCGAUAGUCAAAAAGCAGAUCCUCAAACUGAAAGCGCCCAGCCUCAAAUGUGUGGAUCUAGUGGUUUCGGAGCUCACCGCACUCGUCAUGAAGUGCGCCGUUAAGCUCCACUCCUACCCCAGACUGAGAGAGGAGACUGAGAGGAUCGUCACUACAUACAUCCGAGAGAGAGAAGGGAAGACCAAGGACCAGGUUCUACUGCUGAUUGACAUUGAGCUGUCCUACAUCAACACCAACCAUGAGGACUUCAUAGGUUUUGCCAAUGCCCAGCAGAGGAACACAGCUGCCAACAAGAAGAGGGCCAUACCCAAUCAGGGUGAGAUUCUGGUGAUUCGCAAAGGCUGGCUAACCAUCCACAUUAGCAUCAUGAAGGGAGGCUCCAAGGAGUACUGGUUUGUACUGACUGCUGAGUCCCUGUCCUGGUACAAAGAUGAGGAGGAGAAAGAAAAGAAGUACAUGCUCCCCCUGGAUAACCUGAAGAUCAGAGAUGUGGAAAAAGGAUUUAUGUCCACCAAGCACGUCUUUGCCAUCUUCAACACGGAGCAGAGGAACGUGUACAAGGAUCUGCGUCAAGUAGAGCUGGCAUGUGAUACCCAAGAAGACGUAGACAGCUGGAAAGCGUCCUUCCUCAGAGCAGGAGUUUAUCCAGAGAAGGACCAGACAGAGAAUGAAGAUGCUGCUCCUGCAGACACAUUCUCCAUGGAUCCCCAGUUAGAGCGCCAGGUGGAGACGAUCCGUAACCUCGUGGAUUCAUACAUUGGCAUCAUCAACAAAUCCAUCAGAGACCUUUUGCCCAAGACCAUCAUGCAUCUCAUGAUCAAUAAUUCAAAGGAUUUCAUCCACUCAGAGCUGCUGGCCUACCUGUAUUCAUCCGGGGACCAGAACAGCCUCAUGGAGGAGUCGGCUGACCAGGCUCAGCGUAGAGAUGAAAUGCUGCGCAUGUACCACGCCCUCAAGGAGGCGCUGAACAUUAUUGGUGACAUUAGUACCACCACUUUCUCCACCCCGGUGCCCCCACCUAUAAAUGACAGCUGGCUUCAGGAGACCAGCCAACAGCAAAGGCCGCCUCCUGCAGCAGCUCCUCCCCCCAGCCGUCCGCCAGCUGUUCGGGGCUCAACACCAGGACCUCCCCUCAACCCCACACCUGCUUUUGGAGUUCCGCUGAACCCUUCUCCUGCUUUUGGUGCGCCCCCUAUCCCCUCUCGCCCAGGGCCGCCUGUCAGCGCCUUCAACAGCCACCAGGAUCCAUUCAGUGCACCCCCACAGAUCCCCUCCCGGCCAGCUCGCGUCCCCCCUGGUGUUCCCAGCCGAAGACCGCCUGGCGCUCCUACUCACCGGCCCACCAUUAUCCGGCCUGCUGAGCCCUCUCUGCUAGACUAGACCUGUGGCCACGUGCGCCUCACUGUGUGUGUGUGUGUGCGUGCGUGCAGCGCGGCUGUGUGUAGGCCGGAGGAUGGUGGCUCGAGGGGACGGACUGACUGAUCUCGUUACAUAACGUGCGUCGUCCAGCCGUAUUCGGAUGUCUGUUCAAGCGAUGUCAAUAAACUGUUAAUCCAACUUGAUCAGUGCAUGUGACAAACGAAAGCUCUUAACCACUUAACUGCUCAGUGGGACGGAUUCCCUUUCCUGCUGAUGGGAGAUAAUUUGUGAAAUUCAGUCCAACAGCUUUCUUUUAAAAUGGUCAUAACUGGUUUAUUUGUUCUGAAUCUCAUUAACUGUCACAGGCUGGCUUGCCUGUCCUCUCCCUCCACCUCUUUUGAUUGGCUGUUAACACCCACCUAGUCUAGACCUCCGUGUAAGACGCACAUUUAACCUAUUGUUUAUAUUGUUUCUUUCUGGGUUUUCAUUUCCUCACUGGUUUCAUACUGGAAAAACAGCAGCUUGUACUGGUGGUGUUAAUUGCAUCUUCCCUGUUAUGCUUUAUUUGAGUGACUGUUAUUUUUAACUGCCGUUAUAAACGUAACAUUAAAAAUGGAAUUCCUAAUCGCAGCAGAAGCAAAGUUUGCACGAGACAGCGCUUCAGUCCUACUUAGUGACGCAAGGUUAAACCGACCAUUUCAAUCCCAGCACGUGUAACCAACCAACCUUACAGCAAAACCACUCGUAACCGCCACGGCGUAACCUGCUAUCGUAACACUAUGCACUCAAAAUGAGAGAAAGAAAGACAGAAGCUGGUCUGCACUUUGAAUUGAAAAGGUUUAGUCUCAUUUUCGACCCCAACAAUGAACCGAGAUGUCAGUUCAAGUGUUGGUUUCAGUGUUAGAUCAGAGCACAGACUGUUUCCUCUCAAAGAGGAGGUGUGUGUGGAAAAGGACGCGUCUCGGUUUUAGACUAUAAGGCAGUGUGAAGCAUUCAUGAUUUAUUGUACAUACAGUGUGGGCUCGAACGGUGAGGUAACCGUUGCUUUGUCACAGGGUUUAUUACUAAAAUGUGCUCUUGACAAUAAUCAGUGCUGCAAAGGAAGUGCUAACACUGUUACUUUAUAGAAACGCCUUAGAUUGAAGGCAAAAUGAGAUUGGUCACCAUUAGAGCAUUAUUUAUAACCGGGCCAUUUGUCAUUUCUUGUUUUUGGUUGCGAUUUUGUCGGCGCUGUACAACUGGACUGUUGCUGGCGUUCUGCUGCAGCGAUGCUUUAUAUAUCGGGAUGGGACCUGAGGCUGGAUGUGGUUUUCACAGCUGUGAUUAUUUGAUAAAGAAUUUUUUUUAUUUUUUUUCUCUAUGAGGGUAUUUGACAUUUUUAUUUUCCAUGACAUCCAGAUGAUUUGUGGGAAGCGGGCGAUUUGAUGUUCUGUUUAGUGUUUUAGUUUUGAUCAUUAGCGAUGAGCGGGUGGUGGGAGUUUGAAUUCUGUCAUGGUGUACAAAUGCACAUCCUGUCUGAUACGAUCUUUUUUUCCUGUUCUCACUCCAGAGGACUGAAACUCAUUGAAUUGAUGAUGGGAAAUAAACGUCAAUGCAACAGACUCCUCAGACAGGAUGUUGCAUUCUGUGUUAUUUCUCUGCAGGUCGGGCUUCAGUCACAGUGCCGCAGACAGAUCAAAAGACGAUUCAAAAAAUUCUAAGACACAUGCUGACGCACAAAAUGUUGUCGUGCACAAUAACACCUGGCUCCUAAUUGGUUACCGAAAGCUCUUUGUCUCUUUGGCACCUGUCACUCAGGCCAACGUAGGCGUUACAUUGUAACAAUUCCACUCUUUUCUCCAGUGGAUGUAACCCCGCCUCCUCCCCUUACCGUCGUGUAGAUCUGGUGGAGGCGGUUGGGAAAUAAACCUGCAGAAUCUUUACCUUUGUUUUCCAAACCCUUGUCAAGUGCCUCUGUAGCAGUUAAUUGAAUUGAAUAAAGAAAAUGAAGUAAUUUAGAAAGGAGAGCAAAUAAAGAGGUGUUGUGUACAAUAAAGGGAGUGUUUCUGGUG